AUGUCUGAAAUAGAAAGGAUUUGGAGACAUCCUGUUUUCUCAUCUGAGGAAUUCUCAAAAGUCAAGGAUUAUCAUGACUCUGCUCGGAAACAAAUCAUGCAACUAAGUGAGCAGCUGAAAACAGUGGAUGAAUUUGAAGAUCUAAAAGAAACAAUCGUCAGAAUGAGGAAUGAAACAAACCUCUUACUUGAAGAUCUUCAGGAAGGAAAUGAUUUGCACUUCAGUGCCUGGAAUGCAAGCCUCAUGGAUUUUUCAAAGGACAUCAAGAAGUAUUAUCAGAGUUCUUUAUCUACUGAAAGGAAAAUUAAUGAAACUACACCCAUCAUAAACAACUCCGAAAAUACCAGGAAUGACUUACUUAUCAUCUUAGAUACACUAACCUCAAAAGACUUGUCAUUGGAGAAAUUACAGCAGAUCAAGAUAGCAAAUAUUCAAAUAUUGCAAGAAAAGGUGUGUGGAGAAGGAGAGGACACGGCCUGUGUGCUCUCAUCCUGUGGUGGCCCGAGCUGUUACGGCUCCCCAGCCCUCUCAAGGAAUGCCCUGCAGAAAGCUCAGGAAGCAGAGUCUGUGAUUCACAAUUUGAACAACCAAGUUCACAGGUUGAAGAAACAGAUCAGAAAUAUAAGUAAACUGGCAGAAGAUUGCAAAAAGAGUGCAUUACAGCUAAGAAAGAAACUGAGGAAUAUGAAAAACCAAAAGGAAAAUGUGCCUCCAGAGGAUGUAGAGAAGGUGGCAAAUCGUGUACUUGACAUCCACCUACCAAUAACAUCACAAAAUCUAACCCAUGAACUUGACAAAAUACAGAAACUUACGCAACUCUGUGAGGACUACAGGACGGAAGAGGACAGGCUAAACAAAGCAGCAGAUGGAGCCCAAAAGGUUCUGGUGAAGGCAGAAGCAGUUAAAAAAGCAGAAAAUGUUCUAUCAAAUCUCAGCAAAAUGUUGAAGAAGUUGCAACAAGUUCAAAUCACUCAAGGAUGGGCAGAUUCUACCAUCACACAGCUGACUGCCGAGAUAACAAAAAUCAAAAAGAACGAACUUCAGGCUGAAAAUCAGGCCCAGGAGACAAAGAAGAAGCUGGACAUAGCAAAGCACCAGUCCGCGUUGGAGCGUGGACUUGCCCAGCUGCAGACCACGCUGCAGAGGAACCGAGGCGAGGCCGUUGGCGCACGAGCUCAGGCUGAAGCAGCCCGGCACCAGGCUGGGGGCCUUGAGGAGGAGUUUGUUGAGCUACAGAAUCAAUAUGCUGUUCUUCAGCAUAAGAUGAGCGUGCCAGGACUGACAAAGGAAACAUUAGGAAAAGUGAAACAGCUAAAAGAUGCAGCAGCAAAACUGGCUGGAGACACAGAGGACAAGAUGAGAAGAAUAGCAGAUUUAGAAAAGAAGAUCCAAGCUUUGAAUCUUAGUAAACAAGAAAAAGCUGAUCAGCUGAAACAGUUGGAAGAUCAAGUCAUUGCCAUUAAAGAUGAAAUUGUCGACCAAGGAAAUAACUGUGCUCCCUGCUGCAGUCGGUGGGGUUAA